CCCGUCUCCUUGCUCGGCCCUGUGAUAAACCUUUCUCUGCUCCAAACUCUGAUGUUACAGUUUGCUUGGCCUCCCUGUGUGUCGGCCACAUGGACUUGUGUCUGGUAGCAAGAUGACUGCCUGUGCUCUAGACAUCACACACAGUCCCAGAAAUAACCAAGAAAAAGACACAGGGUCUCUUCCUCCUGUCUCGAGAGAGGACACCAUCCCUCAAAGCCCCUGCAGACCUCCUCUCAGGUCCCAUUCCUGAGCCAGUCAUGGGGAGGAGGUGGGACCCCUGGUGAACUGUCACCCCCAGCACCGACUCCCCUAUCUGAACACAAACAGGUCCUUUACUAAGAAGAAACGUAGGGUGGAGCUGGGUGUGUGCCCCAGUACUGAGCCCUGUUCCCAGGGUAACUGCUCACUCAGCAGCCCUUCCCUGAGAGCCCUCCCAGGCCCCGGGACACCAGUGAAUGGGGCACUCGCGGCCCCUGGCCUGGAAAGGCGACUUGCUACAAGGCUGUGCCAAACACCAUGGAGAAGUCAAACCAGUGCCGAGAUGCAGGGAGACCCAGGAAUGGGGCUGCCUUCCCGAGAAGGAGCCCCCAGGACGUGUGCGGGCAGAGGCACUGACAAGUGCAAAGGCCCUGAGCCGGCUGUCCAUCUCCCAGAGGACCCCCGGCACCUCCGUGGGCUGGGAGAGGAGGAGGAAGAGGCGGCUGUUUGAGUUGGCAAAACCCAAGACCAACUGGCAAGUCUUGAAAGACAGGAUGGGGUGUUGCUGCAGGGGCUACGCCUGGAUCUCCCCCCGCAUGAGGAACCUGCAGUUCUGUGUCUACUGGCCAUCUGUGUACUGGACAGAGAGGUUUCUUGAGGAUACCACCCUCACCAUCACAGUGCCCGAGGUGUCCCGCCGGUUGGAGGAGCUGGCCCGACCUAAGAGGUUCUACUCGGAGUAUUACAACAACAACAGGACCACCGCCAUCUGGCCCAUUCCCCGGUCCACCUUGGAGUACCGAGCGUCCAGCCGCCUGCGGGAACUGGCCACCCCGAAGGUCCGGAAUAACAUCUGGAGCAUACACAUGUCUGAGGUGUCCCAAGUGUCCAGGGCAGCCCAGAUGGCCACCCCCAGUCCGAGGAUCAUCCAGCUGGCAAAGCCCAGGGCUCCAGCCACCCUGCUGGAAGAGUGGGACCCCAUGCCAAAACCUAAGCCACACGUGUCAGACUAUAACCGCCUCCUUCACCUGGCCAUGCCCAAGGCCCAGUCGGACAAGUGUGUUCCUGACCGAGACCCGCGCUGGGAGGUGCUGGAGGUCACCAGGAAGGCGGUGGCCAGUCCGCGCAUCGUCUCCCUGGCCAAACCCAAAGUGCGGAGGGACCUGAGCGAGGGCUACAACCCCUACCGCGUCUCUCCAGCCUCCCUGGUGGCUCGUGCGUCCCCUCGCCUGUACGAGCUUGCCACCCCCAAGAGCGUCACCAAAAAAGCAUGAGCAGCCCAGGCCUGGCCCCUCAGCCUGUUCCCAGUAAAACCCAAGUGCAACCUGACCCUGUGUGUGGCUCUGAGCGCUUUGGCCUGGAGCCGGGAGGGCAGCGGGGGCCCGGAGGAGACGGUAAUAAUAAUGUUUAUGUUUGCUUCCAACCUGCAAUCCUGCAGCCCUUUUUCUCCAAUUACGUUCCCCUGCCGUCGCCAGCCCCUCGGAUGGCAGACUCCACGCUCUCCCACAUCAGACCUUUCCCUCUCAACCUCUUCUGUCCCAACUUGCUUAUCCAGCCGCAUCCUGGGCGUCCACAGCACCUCAAACUCAGUGACCUCCAUA